AUGCCCCCCUCACCCCUGCCCCUGCCCCUGCCCCUACUUCCCUCCCCCCUCACCUCCCCCUUCUCGCCCCCCUUCGGUCUUGCCCAGUCCACAUACGCGACUGUCACCCGAAGCCCUCCGGCUAAGAACAAUGCUGCCAUAAAGCAAACCAACAGUAAUACGAAGACUGACAGGCUUGCUACGAAGCUGCCACCUUCCGACCACCGACUCUUUGUACGCCUCCCGGAGAACCAUCUUGCGAAGAGCAUGGAUGCAUUUGCUAUAUAUACUAGCCUGCGAUCAUAUCUAGACACUAAUGGAAAGCUUCUCAAAGGCGGCCAAUCUAUCAAAACUGGAUUCGCUCUUCUGCCUGUCUCUACAGAUGCCCUCCCAGUCCUAGAGGCCCAAAAGGAAGCUAUAGCCGCCUUCUUCAAAGAAUGCCAGAUCGAACGGAGUUCCCGCUGGAUCUCCUAUCGAGUAACCAACGUACCUAGGAAGGUUGGCCGACUUACUGGUAGCCAAUACUCUAUGAUGCCGGUCAACCCCGAAAUUUUGUCUGCAGAGAUCACUGAAACCACAGGCCUUAACCCAGUCUCCAUUAUCGAGACUGCUACGAGUGCCGCUAACCCCAACACUAUCGCAUCUAGCUGGUUUAUCAACUUCCCGGAGGGCAGCAAGGCCAACCUCCUGUACGACUCCCCUUGUUUGGUAUGA